ACCGCUCCUCCCCACACCGCCGCUUCCUGCUGCCGGCGGGGACAGCCCUGCCGUGCCGGGUCGCCCUCCUCGCCCCUCAAUGUCGCAGGGAUCGAGCCCCGCGGCGGAGCUGCCGCCCUCCCACUGCCUCCCCGGCCGGGCGGCGGCGCUGGCCGCGGCCUUCAUCGCGUGGCGCCGCGGGAGCCCCAGGCGCGGCCCGGCGCUGAGGGCCCUCAGCCGCGCCCGCCGCCAGGAUAUUGAUGACGUCGGGCAUAAAUACCAUCUGGAAUUCAUGUUAGAAGACAUCUUUGACAAAGACAGUACUGUUAACUGCACUGCUGAGGUUCUUUAUCAUCUGGGCAACAAAAACGCUGCUCCAGAUGUGCAAUUUACAAUUGAAGGAGAACUUAAGAACACAGAUGAAGCAGAUAACCUAUUCUACAAUCGAAUCAAGAGCCUGAAAAACGAGCUUGUGGCAGAGAACAUACCAGACAGCUACGGCAAUGUGCCCCCAGAAAUGGAGCCCAUCAGAGCGCUAGCCUGGGUUGCCUCUGGCUACGUGAUAUGGCAGAACUCAACUGAAAAUACUAAGUACCAACUUGCCCAAAUAAAACACGUGAAGCAAGUGAAAAGAAGUGAUGAGUAUCUUGAAUUUGACUACACGAUUCUACUUCAUGAAAAUGUGUCCCAGGAGAUUAUUCCCUGGCAAAUGACAGUUCUUUGGCAUCCGCAGCAUGGCACUGAAGUAACACAGAACAGCCGUCAGCCAAAACACGUAUAGGACGACUGCAGCAUCUGAUACAGCAAUGGAAGAAGCUCAGAUGCUACCAUAAGCAUUUCAAGGGGGGGAUAUGUAAGUUGGUGGGGUGGACACACAAUAAAGCUACGAAGAAAGAGCCCUUGUUCAAACAAA